UAGCCGAAGCAAGUGCUAUAAGAAAUAUUCACAGAGUUUCUACACUGAUCCGUGUAGAACAGACACUUGUGUAAACGUUUCUCAUCAAUAUUGUUUUGUGAACAAGAUCAAGAUGGCCAAAAUCCUUCUGUGGGCUGUGGGAUUUGUGCUGCUAUUAGAAGUGUACAGUGCUUCAGGCAAGGACUAUAAACUGGUUUGUUACUACACAAACUGGGCCCAUAAAAGAGGAGACUGUAAGUUCUUACCAGAAGACAUUAACCCCAGGUUAUGUACCCAUCUCAUUUUUGCUUUUGCUGUUAUUGGCAAUAACCAUCAAAUCGUUGCCCAGGAAAAUGACGAUGAAGAUCUUUACAUCUCAUUUAACAAUCUUAAAAAGAGGAACCCAAACUUGAAAACACUCUUAUCUGUCGGAGGCUGGAAUUUUGGAACUGAAAAGUUCACUGCCAUGGCUUCCAGCAAAGAUACUCGUCUAAUAUUCAUUAAAUCUGUUAUAGAAUUCCUACGACAAAAAGAUUUUGAUGGUUUAGAUCUACAUUGGGAGUAUCCAGCAUUUAAUAGAAGCCCAUACCAGGACAAACAGCGCUUUACUUUGUUGGUUCAGGAAACUCUUGAAGAGUUCAAGAAGGAAUCCAGUGAAAGUAACAAACCGAGAUUGCUGCUUUCAGCUGCAGUGGCAUCUGGCUUAAGAAACAUUCAAGCAGGCUAUGAAAUAGAAAAGAUUUCAGAGCCCCUAGAUUUUAUCGGUGUGAUGACAUAUGAAUUCCAUGGACCAUGGGAUGUUAAAAUUGGACCAAAUAGCCCUCUGUACAGAAGUUCUACUGAUUAUUAUGACGAUAAAUACUUUAACGUUGAGUUUGCUACAAACUACUGGAAAGAAAAUGGUGUCCCUGCAGAAAAACUGUUGGUUGGAUUUCCAACUUAUGGCCGUACCUUUACACUCUGUUCAGCUGAGAACAAACCUGGUGCUGCAGCAUGUGGUCCUGCAUCACCUGGGAACUGUACUAAAGCAGCUGGCAUUUGGGCCUACUAUGAGAUAUGUGACUUCUUGAAAGGCGCCAACGAAGAGUGGAUGGAGGAGCAGGAGGUUCCAUAUGCAUAUAAAGAUGAUGAGUGGGUUACUUAUGAUAACUUGAAGAGUUUUGAGAAAAAAGUGGAAUGGCUAAAAAACAAUAGCUUUGGUGGUGCAAUGGUUUGGACAAUCGACAUGGAUGAUUCCAAAGGUACUUUCUGUAAGCAAGGAAAAUCACCCCUCAUUAGUAAGCUGAAGAUUAUGCUUUCUUCAAAAUCUAAACCUAAAGAUGAUUCAUCAGCCACAACAACUGUAUCACCAACCCCUACUUUAGAAAAUUCAUCAAAUUCUCAGCCUUCUACAACAUGCCCCAAUCUGGAAUUCUGCAGUGACAAAAAUAAUGGUAGCUAUCCAAUUUCAUGUGCUGCGGACAGCUUUUAUCGAUGCACCAACAAAAACACCGACAUCGAGAACUGUCCCAAGGGUACUUCCUAUAACACAAUUAAAGGCAAAUGUGUUUGGCCAGAUAGAUUAUUUCCAGCAAUCAAUUUAGUAGCCAACAACUUUUGCAAAGGCAAGCGUGAUGGUAACUAUGCAAUUCCAACUCCCAAAUAUUUUAGAUGCUCUGCUGAUAAAACACGAAUAAAGCAAUGUCCUCCUGACCUACUCUAUAAUACAGUGAACAGAAACUGUGACAAAAGUAUGCUUGCUGACUUUGAUAUUACUUUUUGCAGCAACAACCUUGAUGGUACUUACCCAAUUCCAGGCAAGCCAAACAAAUUCUAUCACUGUUCCAAUAAGGAGACUAACAUUGGGAGUUGCCCCAAAGGAAGUUUUUAUAAUAAUUUAUGUAAGUGUUAGACACAACUGUAUGUAUAAUAAGUUCACACUGGAUGACAAUAAAAGUAG